AUGGAUAGCACUGCCAACAGCUCUAUCAACUUUGGCGAAAACUAUGCCGUUCUAAACCUAGACUGGAUCACGGUGCUUAUCGACGCCGUCAAAGACACCCCUGAAGGCCACGCCUUAAUAGAAAACUUGGCCAAAUGGAACCAUGCCGUUCAUGAAAGCGCGUCUCGUCCUCUAACCGUUUUCUCUACACUCUCUUUUCAUCCCGGCCAGCCAGAAGUCCAACCCGGUACUCCUUUUGCCAACCUCAUUGCCCCCUUCGGAGAGUUCAGACACGGUUCCCCCGAAACCCAAAUUUACAAGGCAUUCAGUGUGGACAGUCAAGAUAUCGUUCUCCCAAAGACUAGGUGGUCCGCAAUGACGGGAAGUGUACUGGAGCAGAUCUUGCAGGCACAUGGAGUCAAGACGGUUAUCAUUUCUGGGUUGACUCUUUCUGGCGUGGUGAUGGCUACGAUCUAUCGGCUCUUUGAUUCGGACUACAAUGUCUAUGUUAUCAGGGAAAAUGUCUUGGAUUUACCAGUUGAGCAGCAUUCGGCAUUUGCGAAUGUUAUGCUCGAUAUGUUGCUGCCGAAGAUGGGCAUUAAAGUCAUCUCGGUGGAUGAGGCAAUUAAUGCUUUGAGCUGA